UGGAUAGCCUCUCUCUCAUUGGUUAGGGGGCUUGGAAAAAAGAGACUCGGCGAGCCCUCGCUGUGGUGCUGCCGCCGCCGCCGCCGCCGCUGGAGUUGACUCUUCUGCUCGCACUGCUGCUGCAGCACAAACGUGACUUCCAACAUUUUUUAUUUAUCUUUCCCUUUUCUUUUCCAAGAUGUAACUACAGAUCAGACACUAAGGACCUUCACGUUUCGCUGAUGUAGUUUUUGGAGGAAAAAGGGGGGGAGUGAAGGGCGUCGGUUUUUUUUUUUGUGUGUGUGUGUGUGUUUCGGGGGAAAUUUUCCAUUAUGAGUGUUUUACUAAAGUGAAUUUUUUUUUGUUUGCUUCGUUCGUCUUUGGCUCUUUUUUUUUUUUUUUUUCCUUCCCAAUUUCGGAUUUAUUUCAAGGCGAAUCGGGCUUUGGGGGAAGAGGAAGAAAAGUCGGAUUACAAGAUCAACCACCACCAACAACAAUAAAAACCACCAGGAUAUUUUUUUGCAAAUUUCUGACGGCUUUAAAUUCAUGAAGCAAUUGUCCCCUUUUGCAAUCAGCAUUUGGAUCUCAGAAUGAGCAAGGAAAGACCCAAGAGGAAUAUCAUUCAGAAGAAAUACGAUGACAGUGAUGGGAUUCCAUGGUCAGAAGAAAGGGUGGUACGUAAAGUCCUUUAUUUGUCUCUGAAGGAGUUCAAGAAUGCCCAGAAGAGGCAGCACGGGGAUGGCAUUGCUGGGAGCCUGAAAACGGUGAAUGGGCUCCUUGGUAAUGGCCAGUCUAAGGGAUUAGGACCAGCGUCAGAACAGUCAGAGAAUGAGAAGGACGAUGCAUCCCAAGUGUCCUCUGCUAGCAACGAUGUUAGUUCUUCAGAUUUUGAAGAAGGGCCGUCGAGGAAAAGGCCCAGGCUGCAAGCACAAAGGAAGUUUGCUCAGUCUCAGCCGAACAGCCCUAGCACAACUCCGGUCAAGGUAGUGGAGCCAUUGCUGCCCCCUCCAGCUACUCAGAUUUCUGACCUCUCUAAAAGGAAGCCCAAGACAGAAGACUUUCUUACCUUUCUCUGCCUUCGAGGUUCUCCUGCACUGCCCAACAGCAUGGUGUAUUUCGGAAGCUCUCAGGACGAGGAGGACGUCGAGGAGGAAGACGAUGAGACGGAAGACGUCAAAGCAGCCGCCAACAAUGCUUCAUCUUCAUGCCAGUCAACCCCCAGGAAAGGAAAAACCCACAAGCAUGUUCACAAUGGGCAUGUUUUCAAUGGUUCCAGCAGGUCAACACGGGAGAAAGAACCUGUUCAAAAACACAAAAGCAAAGAGGCCACUCCCGGGAAGGAGAAGCACAGCGAUCACCGGGCUGACAGCCGGAGGGAACAGGCCUCAGCGGCCCACCCACCAGCGGCCCCGUCCACGGGCUCCUCGGCCAAGGGGCUCGCUGCUAACCACCACCACCCCCCUCUGCAUCGGUCGGCUCAGGACUUACGGAAACAGUUGAGUGCUGGACCCCUGAAGACAAGGACAGGCCAAGGAGUAGGCACGUGCGUGUGCAGACAGGUUUCGAAGGUAAAUGGAGUCACUCGAAUGUCAUCUCUGGGUACAAGUGCAACCAGUGCCAAAAAGAUGCGCGAAGUCAGACCUUCACCGUCCAAAACUGUGAAGUACACUGCAACGGUGACGAAGGGGACUGUCACAUACACCAAAGCCAAGAGAGAACUGGUCAAGGAAACCAAACCCAAUCACCACAAGCCCAGUUCCGCUGUCAACCACACAAUCUCAGGGAAAACUGAAAGUAGCAAUGCAAAAACCCGCAAACAGGUGCUAUCCCUCGGGGGGGCGUCCAAGUCCACCGGGCACGCCGUCAAUGGCCUCAAGGUCAGUGGCAGGUUGAACCCAAAGUCAUGCACUAAGGAGGUGGGGGGGCGGCAGCUGAGGGAGGGGCUGCGGAACUCCAAGAGGAGACUGGAAGAGGCACAGCAGGCCGAGAAGCCGCAGUCCCCGCCCAAGAAGAUGAAAGGGACGGCGGGCGCUGUCGAAGCCCCCGGCAGAAAGGCGGCGGCGGCCCCCGCGGCGCCGGCCCCCGCGGAAAAGGCUCUGCUGCACGGGCAUGUGAAGAAGGAGGUGCCCGAGCGGAGUCUGGAAAGGAACCGGCCGAAGCGGGCCACGGCUGGCAAGAGCGCGCCAGGCAGACAAGCACACGGCAAGACGGAUGGCGCCUCCUGUGAAAAUCGUUCUACCUCGCAAACGGAGCCCUUGCACAAGCCGCACGAGGCGGCGGCCAAGCCCGACAAGGGGGGCGGCCGGGCUGGCUGGGCGGCCAUGGACGAGAUCCCCGUGCUCAGGCCGUCCGCCAAGGAGUUCCACGACCCACUCGUCUACAUCGAGUCGGUCCGCGCUCAGGUGGAGAAGUACGGCAUGUGCAGGGUGAUCCCCCCUCCGGACUGGCGGCCCGAGUGCAAGCUCAACGACGAGAUGCGGUUCGUGACGCAGAUUCAGCACAUCCACAAGCUGGGCCGGCGCUGGGGCCCCAACGUGCAGCGGCUGGCCUGCAUCAAGAAGCACCUCAGAUCUCAGGGCAUCACCAUGGACGAGCUCCCGCUCAUAGGAGGCUGCGAGCUCGACCUGGCCUGCUUUUUCCGGCUGAUUAACGAGAUGGGCGGCAUGCAGCAAGUGACUGACCUCAAAAAAUGGAACAAACUAGCAGACAUGCUGCGUAUCCCCAAAACUGCCCAGGACCGGCUGGCCAAGCUCCAGGAAGCCUACUGCCAGUACCUGCUCUCCUAUGACUCCCUGUCCCCUGAGGAGCACCGGCGGCUGGAGAAGGAGGUGCUGAUGGAGAAGGAGAUCCUGGAGAAGCGGAAGGGGCCCCUCGAGGGCCACACGGAGCACGACUACAACAAGUUCCACCCCCUGCCCCGCUUCGAGCCCAAGAACGGGCUCAUCAACGGCGUGGCCCACAGGAACGGCUUCCGCAGCAAGCUCAAAGAGGUGGGCCAGGCCCAGCUCAAGACGGGCCGGCGGCGACUCUUUGCUCAGGAAAAGGAAGUGGCGCGAGAGGAGGAGGAGGACAAGGGCGUCCUAAGUGACUUCCACAAGUGCAUAUACAAGGGAAGAUCCGUUUCUUUAACGACUUUUUAUCGAACAGCAAGAAAUAUCAUGAACAUGUGCUUCAGCAAGGAGCCCGCCCCUGCUGAAAUUGAGCAAGAGUACUGGAGGUUAGUGGAAGAGAAGGACUGCCACGUGGCUGUGCACUGCGGCAAGGUGGACACCAACACGCACGGCAGCGGGUUCCCGGUGGGGAAGUCAGAACCGUUUUCAAGGCAUGGAUGGAACCUCACCGUCCUUCCCAAUAACACAGGGUCCAUCCUGCGUCACCUCGGUGCUGUGCCUGGAGUGACAAUUCCCUGGCUAAACAUUGGCAUGGUCUUUUCUACCUCAUGCUGGUCUCGAGACCAAAACCACCUUCCCUACAUUGACUACUUACACACUGGUGCUGACUGCAUUUGGUAUUGCAUUCCUGCUGAGGAGGAGAACAAGCUCGAGGAUGUGGUCCACACCCUGCUGCAGGCCAACGGUACCCCAGGGCUGCAGAUGCUGGAAAGCAACGUCAUGAUCUCCCCGGAGGUGCUGUGCAAAGAGGGGAUCAAGGUGCACAGGACCGUGCAGCAGAGUGGCCAGUUCGUCGUCUGCUUCCCGGGCUCCUUUGUGUCCAAAGUGUGCUGUGGCUACAGCGUCUCUGAGACCGUGCACUUUGCCACCACCCAGUGGACAAGUAUGGGCUUCGAGACGGCCAAGGAAAUGAAGCGUCGCCAUAUAGCUAAGCCAUUCUCCAUGGAGAAGUUACUCUACCAGAUUGCACAAGCGGAAGCGAAAAAGGAAAACGGCCCCACUCUCAGUACCAUCUCCGCCCUUCUGGAUGAGCUCAGGGAUACGGAGCUGCGGCAGCGGCGGCAGCUGUUCGAGGCCGGCCUCCACUCGUCCGCCCGCUACGGCAGCCACGACGGCAACGGCGCCAUGGCGGAUGGCAAGAAAAAGCCUCGAAAGUGGCUGCAGUUGGAGACGUCGGAGAGGAGGUGUCAGGUCUGCCAGCACCUGUGCUACCUGUCCAUGGUCGUGCAGGAGAACGAGAACGUGGUGUUCUGCCUGGAGUGCGCUCUGCGCCACGUGGAGAAGCAGAAGUCCUGCCGAGGGCUGAAGCUGAUGUACCGCUACGAUGAGGAACAGAUCAUCAGUCUGGUCAAUCAGAUCUGUGGCAAAGUGUCUGGUAAGAACGGCAGCAUUGAGAACUGUCUCAGCAAACCUACACCAAAAAGAGGGCCCCGCAAGAGAGCGACCGUGGACGUGCCGCCAUCCCGGCUGUCAUCCUCCAGUUCAUCCAAAAGUGCUUCGAGCUCGUCGUGAAGAUGCCAACACCCGUGUCGACUGAUAUAUAUUUUUUUGUAAUUAUUAUAUUCUAGUUUGGAGUACUUGCUGUAGGAUACAAGCUGUCUUUGCACUAGCUCUAAAGAAGAUUUUCUUCUGGUUUUAGAGAACUAAUUUUGUUUUAGCAUUAAACUGUUGAACUUUUUUUUGUACUUAGAAUACCUAGAUACUGCAGUUAGAUUUUUGAAACUGCCGUAUAUUCACUGUUUUAAAAACCCUUGAGGGGCUGUAUUAAUUUGUAUCGCCCCUGUGGCUGAAAAAGCCUUUUCGUUUUUUGUUUUUUUGUUUUGUUUUGUUUUGUUGUUUUCUUCGGUAACUUGGGGAAAAAAGGCUUUUUAACCCAUUUUGAAGAGGGUGAAGUUUGGAGAACAAAUUUUAAAACUAUCAGUCAUGUGAGCAGAUUUUUCUAGAGAGGAAAAGGGAUAGGAGACACACACGCACACACACAAACACAAACACAAAACUUGAAAAGAAAUGGCUUUACUUUGGCUGUCUUUUUCUUCUGUCAUGUGCAAAACGAGUUUGUAAUUUUUAAAACCGGAGAACCCCCAUUUUGUGUCUUGGGGCGGUCACGGCAGCUGAAGGCGGACGUAGUUCCCUAACCCGAGGCAAAACACGGGAGAGGCGCGCCGAGGUUCUCUUUACCAGCACAUCACUAUGCACCUGUUUGUGGAAGAGGAGGGGGACGACGACCGCCUGCCUUGGAGGGUCACGGGAGGGACACCUGUGCCUGAUUUCAUUAGGAAAUCCAUUCUGUUAUUUUUUGGUGCUGUUGGCUACUUUAUCAAAAACCCUUCAAUAGCAUCCUUAAGAAAAAAAAAAAAAAAAGAAAAAAAAAGUGAGCGAAGCCGUGAAGUGCUUCUUUGUCCUAGAUGUGCAAUCUCUCUCACAUUCCGUCUCCAUCUCACCGCCUGGUCCCACCUUCCCACGUCAGCAUUAAUCUUUCCUUCGGUUCGGUUCGUUGACGGUCACACUUAGAGCCACUAGGAGGUCUGCAGUUCUGUUUGAAUGUGAAAAUGCAUUUGCGCUCACCUUGUCUAUUUUUUCUCUCCAUGUUGUAACAAAAAGAAAAAAAGAAAAAAAAAAAAGAACCCCAACCCUUUUGUACAUACGCCUGUAAAUUGUUUUAAAUACUUGAGCCUUUUUCUCGGUGGGGGGUGGGGAGGGCGCGAAGACAAGAUGAAGAAAAGCCUUACGUUUCCGUUUCUUCAUCGGGUGGAUUGGAUGCUUACAGGGUUUUUCUUGUAACAUUUAUAAGUGCUGCUUACAUCACUGAACAACAACAACAAAAUAAUAAUGGAGUAGCUGUUGCCCUUCUCCGGUUGUGUGUACAGUAUGUGUGGAAUAAAAAAGGGAACUGUUUUCA